CGAUCAGCCAUGCAUGUGCGUAUGUUCUACACGGCAUAGGCACUAGAGGUUGUAGGAAGUGGUACUAGAGUACCUCUACUCCGAAGGCGGGGACGAGGAUGGUGUCCGUGGGGAAGAUCCUGUACGAUUUACAUGCGGAUCUCAGGGGACUCAAGAGCGAGCUCGAUGCCGGGACCGGUUCGACGGAUGGCUUGCGAGCGCGUCUCGAUUUGGCUGAGCAGAAUCUCCGUAAUAAGGCCGCCGAAAUUUUGGCUUACCAGGCACAGCUAGAGUGUCAG